GAGCACACUCUUAAAGGGAGUGCUCCUAAUCUCAGUUUGUUACCUGUAUAAAAGACACCUGUCCACAGAAGCAAUCAAUCAAUCACAUUCCAAACUCUCCACCAUGGCCAAGACCAAAGAGCUCUCCAAGGAUGUCAGGGACAAUAUUGUAGACCUACACAAGGCUGGAAUGGGCUACAAGACCAUCGCCAAGCAGCUUAGGGAGAAGGUGACAACAGUUGGUGCGAUUAUUCGCAAAUGGAAGAAACACAAAAUAACUGUCAAUCUCCCUUGGCCUGGGUCACCAAGCAAAAUCUCACCUCGUGGAGUUGCAAUGAUCAUGAGAACGGUGAGGAAUCAGCCCAGAACUACACAGGAGGAUCGUGUCAAUGAUCUCAAGGCAGCUGGGACCAUAGUCACCAAGAAAACAAUUGGUAACACACUACGCCGUGAAGGACUAAAAUCCUGUAGCACCCGCAAGGUCCCCCUGCUCAAGAAAGCACAUAUACAGGCCCGUCUGAAGUUUGCCAAUGAACAUCUGAAUGAUUCAGAGGAGAACUGGGUGAAAGUGUUGUGGUCAGAUGAGACCAAAAUCGAGCACUUUGGCAUCAACUCAACUCGCCGUGUUCGGAGGAGGAGGAAUGCUGCCUAUGACCCCAAGAACACCAUCCCCACCAUCAAACAUGGAGGUGGAAACAUUAUGCUUUGGGGGUGUUUUUCUGCUAAGGGGACAGGACAACUUCACCGCAUCAAAGGGACGAUGGACGGGGCAAUGUACCAUCAAAUCUUGGGUGACAACCUCCUUCUCUCAGCCAGGGCAUUGAAAAUGGGUCGUGGAUGGGUAUUGCAGCAUGACAAUGACCCAAAACACACGGCCAAGGCAACAAAGAAGUGGCUCAAGAAGAAACACAUUAAGGUCCUGGAGUGGCCUAGCCAGUCUCCAGACCUUAAUCCCAUAGAAAAUCUGUGGCGGGAGCUGAAGGUUCGAGUUGCCAAACGUCAGGCUCGAAACCUUAAUGACUUGGAGAAGAUCUGCAAAGAGGAGUGGGACAAAAUCCCUCCUGAGAUGUGUGCAAACCUGGUGGGCAACUACAAGAAACGUCUGACCUCUGUGAUUGCCAACAAGGGUUUUGCCACCAAGUACUAAGUCAUGUUUUGCAGAGGGGUCAAAUACUUAUUUCCCUCAUUAAAAUGCAAAUCAAUUUAUAACAUUUUUGACAUGUGUUUUUCUGGAUUUUUGUUGUUGUUAUUCUGUCUCUCACUGUUCAAAUAAACCUACCAUUAAAAUUAUAGACUGAUCAUGUCUUUGUCAGUGGGCAAACGUACAAAAUCAGCAGGGGAUCAAAUACUUUUUUCCCUCACUGUACAUUUGACCGAUCUUGAUGAGCGAUCUUUGAAGUGAGAGGAUGUGACAAUGCUGUCUGAUCUCAUUUAGUCUCUGGAGCUAGUUCUGUAAACUAGCCUUCAUGUUGGCACCAAUCGUUCCAUGACAAGAAGAUUACAAUUUCCACUCUUAAGUAGAACUUUGGUGUCAACAUGGCAGCCAUUUAAAUUCUGAAAUGCAAAAACAGUUUACCAACCUAUUUCUGACUCUGUCUCCACCCCGUACCCCUCCAGGACGAUGGGAAGGGAGAGGAGGACAUGGCGGUGAAGAGGGCUGCUCUGCUGGAGAAGAGACAGAGGAGAGAGAAGGAGACGCAGGAGAAGAAACAGCAGCUGGAGCUGGAGCAGGAGCAGAGGAAGGAGGAAGCACGGUCAGUCUGCACCUUCAGGGCCUUUCCCACUUUUAUGCCCGGUCUGAAAACUACCCUUAGGGGGUCUGUAGACUACCUAUAUGGGGUCUGAAAACUACCUUUAGGGAGUCUGAAUGCUACCCUUAGGGAGUCUGAAAACUACUAUUAGGGAGUCUGAAAACUACCUUUAGGGGGUCUGAAAACUACUAUUAGGGAGUCUGAAAACUACCUUUAGGGGGUCUGAAAACUACUAUUAGGGAGUCUGAAAACUACCUUUAGGAGGUCUGUAAAUUUACCUUUAGGGAGUCUGAAAAGUACCGUUCGGGGUUGGUUUCAGACCCAAGCUACUUCUCUUUUAUUCAGAGAGUGGUGAAUCCUAACAUCCAAUUGGAAUGUAGUCAUGCAAUGAUGUCAAUGGGUGACUAAGUGAAAAUCCACCCCUUAGUAACUUCCCUCUUAUUUGGUAAUCCCACAGAUGUAUUGAAGCCUGUCAUCUCUCCUGUCCCUCUUCCCUAGGCUGAAAGCAGAGGAGGAGCAGCAGAAGAGAGAGGAUGAAAAGCAGAGGAAAGAUUACAUAAAGAAUGAGUACAUGAGGAGGAAGCAUUUGAAGCAGGUGGAGGAUAUGGAUGUCAGGCCCCGCCAUGGAAGUCUUAAAAAGAAGCCACGCCCCAAAUCCAUCCACAGGGAUGUCAUGGAGUCACCCAAGCCCCCCGUCAGAGGCACAGGUAACACACACACUACAGUAUGCACACAGAUUCACACACACACACACACACACACGUGUUUGUUUUACUAUCCUUGUGGGGAACCAAAAAUGUAUUCCAUUUCAAAAUCCUAUUUUCCCUAACCCCUUAACCUAAACUUUAACGCUAAAACUAGCCCUAACCCUAAUUGUAACCUUAAAUCUAACCCCUAGUCCUUAAAUAGCAUUUUUUCUUGUGGGGACCGACAAAUUAAAAUAUUAGUUAAAAUAUUUUUUAUAUGUUUUAUUUUUUUAUUGUUACAUUCACCGGAUAGGUGCAGUGAAAUGUGUUGUUUUACAGGGUCAGCCAUAGUAGUACGGCACCUCUGGGGCAAAUUAGGCUUAAGUGCCUUGCUCAAGGGCACAGACAUAUUUUCACAUUGUAGGCUCGGGUAUCUCCACAAGGAUAGUAAAACCAUACCACACACACACACUAUAGAUAGAUACACACGCACACGCACUCUAUGCACAUGCUCACUUUACACAUAGAUGUGUAUUUAGUACACACACAUAUUCACACGCACACACACUCAAACAUGUCUUCUGUGUUUACCUCGUCCAGGUACUCGACCGCGUGGGUUCUCAAUCUCCAGUAUGUCCCUGGCCUCCCUCAACCUGGCCGACAAUGACAGCAACUCGGGAGAUAAGAGGACCCCCAGGUGAGGCCAGCUAUUGCCUGAUUAAAAUGACCAUACAGUUAUGUUGUUCCUGGUUUAGCCAACUAUUUUGGCAUGACAAUGUCAAAGGAGUUGACUUGAGCACAAACAGACUGGCACCCAGGCUGGCUACGAUACAACCAAGGCCUUAAAGAGCAUCAAAAGCAUGAAUACGCCUUCAAGAGGACAUUAAUGUGUCUUAUGACUUGUCUAUGUAAAGCAAUCAGAACUGUUUUCACUCUGGAUCUUAACCUCUGCAUCUUAAUCUUCCUCUCUCUCUCCUCCUCGCUCAUUCCUGUCUCUCUCUCCUCCUUGCUCUAUUCCUCUCUCUCUCCUCCUCGCUCUAUUCCUGUCUCUCUCUCCUCCUCGCUCUAUUCCUCUCUCUCUCCUCCUCGCUCUAUUCCUGUCUCUCUCCUCCUCGCUCUAUUCCUGUCUCUCUCUCCUCCUCGCUCUAUUCCUCUCUCUCUCCUCCUCGCUCUAUUCCUGUCUCUCUCCUCCUCGCUCAUUCCUGUCUCUCUCCUCCUCGCUCUAUUCCUCUCUCUCUCCUCCUCGCUCUAUUCCUGUCUCUCUCUCCUCCUCGCUCUAUUCCUGUCUCUCUCUCCUCCUUGCUCUAUUCCUCUCUCUCUCCUCCUCGCUCUAUUCCUGUCUCUCUCUCCUCCUCGCUCUAUUCCUCUCUCUCUCCUCGCUCUAUUCCUGUCUCUCUCCUCCUCGCUCUAUUCCUGUCUCUCUCUCCUCCUCGCUCUAUUCCUGUCUCUCUCUCCUCCUCGCUCUAUUCCUGUUUCACUUCUCCUCGCUCUAUUCCUGUCUCUCUCUCCUCGCUCUAUUCCUGUCUCUCUCUCCUCCUCGCUCUAUUCCUGUCUCUCUCUCCUCCUCGCUCUAUUCCUGUUUCACUUCUCCUCGCUCUAUUCCUCUCUCUCUCCUCCUCGCUCUAUUCCUGUCUCUCUCUCCUCCUCGCUCUAUUCCUGUCUCUCUCUCCUCGUCGCUCUAUUCCUGUUUCACUUCUCCUCGCUCUAUUCCUCUCUCUCUCCUCCUCGCUCUAUUCCUGUCUCUCUCCUCCUCGCUCUAUUCCUGUCUCUCUCCUCCUCGCUCUAUUCCUGUCUCUCUCUCCUCCUCGCUCUAUUCCUCUCUCUCACCUCCUCGCUCUAUACCUCUCUCUUCCUCCUCGCUCUAUUCCUGUCUCUCUCCUCCUCGCUCUAUUCCUGUCUCUCUCCUCCUCGCUCUAUUCCUGUCUCUCUCUCCUCCUCGCUCUAUUCCUGUCUCUCCUUCCUCCUCGCUCUAUUCCUGUCACUCUCCUCUUCGCUCUAUUCCUGUCUCUCUCCUCCUCGCUCUAUUCCUGUCUCUCUCUCCUCCUCGCUCUAUUCCUGUUUCACUUCUCCUCGCUCAUUCCUCUCUCUCUCCUCUUCUCUCUAUUCCUGUCUCUCUCUCCUCCUCGAUCUAUUCCUGUCUCUCUCCUCCUCGCUCUAUUCCUGUCUCUCUCCUCCUCGCUCUAUUACUGUCUCUCCUCCUCGCUCUAUUCCUCUCUCUCUCCUCCUCGCUCUAUUCCUGUCUCUCUCUCCUCCUCCUUGCUCUAUUCCUGUCUCUCUCUCCUCCUCGCUCUAUUCCUCUCUCUCUCCUCCUCGCUCUAUUCCUGUCUCUCUUCUCCUCGCUCUAUUCCUGUCUCUCUCCUCCUCGCUCUAUUCCUGUCUCUCUCUCCUCCUCGCUCUAUUCCUGUCUCUCUCUCCUCCUCGCUCUAUUCCUCUCUCUCUCCUCCUCGCUCUAUUCCUGUCUCUCUCCUCCUCGCUCUAUUCCUGUCUCUCUCUCCUCCUCGCUCUAUUCCUGUCUCUCCUCCUCGCUCUAUUCCUGUCUCUCUCCUCCUCGCUCUAUUCCUGUCUCUCUCUCCUCCUCGCUCUAUUCCUGUCUCUCUCCUCCUCGCUCUAUUCCUGUCUCUCUUCUCCUCGCUCUAUUCCUGUCUCUCUCCUCCUCGCUCUAUUCCUGUCUCUCUCUCCUCCUCGCUCUAUUCCUGUCUCUCCUCCUCGCUCUAUUCCUGUCUCUCUCCUCCUCGCUCUAUUCCUGUCUCUCUCUCCUCCUCACUCUAUUCCUGUCUCUCUCUUCUCCUCACUCUAUUCCUGUCUCUCUCCUCCUCGCUCUAUUCCUGUCUCUCUCUUUUCCUCGCUCUAUUCCUGUCUCUCUCUCCUCUGUUUUCCCCUCUGUUUUGCACAGACCCCCCAGAAGCAGUAAACUAGGCACUGUGAGAGGCCAUAUCUCUUUCUUUUUAAGCUCUCCCAAAGAGAGAAAGGGAAGGUUAGUAAGGGCUCCCUCUACCAGCCAAGGGCCUAGACUUUGAUCUAGCUUUUAUGUUUAUACUGCUGCAUCACAGUCCAGAUUGAUCAAUCAAUUCACUUUUACAAAAAAAUUCCCCAUCUGACAGAACUCAGCAAAAAAAGAAACGUCCUCUCACUGUCUACUGCGUUUAUUUUCAGCAAACUUAACAUGUGUAAAUAUUUGUAUGAACAUAACAAGAUUCAACAACUGAGACAUAAACUGAACAAGUUCCACAGAAAUGUGACUAACAGAAAUUGAAUAAUGUGUCCCUGAACAAACGGAGGGUCAAAAUAAUCAAAAGUAACAGUCAGUAUCUGGUGUGGCCACCAGCUGCAUUAAGUACUGCAGUGCAUCUCCUCCUCAUGGACUGCACCAGAUUUGCCAGUUCUUGCUGUGAGAUGUUACCCCACUCUUCCACCAAGGCACCUGCAAGUUCCCGGACAUUUCUGGGGGGAAUGGCCCUAGCCCUCACCCUCCGAUCCAAUAGGUCCCGUACAUGCUCACGGUUGUCCUGAGUGGCGCAGUGGUUCAUAAGGCACUGACUCGCCGAGUUGAUAACUGUGCCACUAGGUCCUGGUUCGAAUCCAGGCUCUGUCGCAGCCGGCGUGACCGGGAGACUCAUGGGCGCGCACAAUUGGACCAGAGUCGUCCGGGUAGGGAGGGAAUGGCCGGCAGGGAUGUAAGCUCAGUUGAUAGAGCAUGGCGUUUGCAACCGGCCAAGGGUUGUGGUUCGAUUCCCACCGGUGAGGGCAAAGUAUAAAAAAAAAAAAAAAAAAAAACAAAAAAAAAUGUAUUCACUACUGUAAGUCGUCUGGAUUAAGAGCGUCUGCUAAAUGACUAAAAUGUAAAUGUAAAUGAUUAAGAGACGGGCUCUCGCUGGCCAUGGCAGAACACUGACAUUCUGUCUUGCAGGAAAUAACGCACAGAACGAGCAGUAUGGCUGGUGGCAAUUGUCAUGUGGAGGGUCCUGUAGGAUGAGCGGGCAAGAAGGGUACCACAUGAGGGAGGAGGAUGUCUUCCCUGUAACGCACAGCGUUGAGAUUGCCUGCAAUGACAAAAAGCUCAGUCCGAUGAGCUGUGACACACGCCCCAGACAGACGGACCCUCCACCUCCAAAUCGAUCCCCGCUCAAGAGUACAGGCUCGGUGUAACGCUCAUUCCUUCGAUGAUAAACGCAAAUCCGACAAUCACCCCAUGUGAGACAAAACCGCGACUGGUCAGUGAAGAGCACUUUUUGCAUGUCCUGUCUGGUCCAGCAACGGUUGGUUUGUGCCCAUAGGCGACGUUGUUGCCGGUGAUGUCUGGUGAGGACCUGCCUUACAACAGGCCUACAAGCCCUCAGUGCAGCCUCUCUCAGCCUAUUGAGGACAGUCUGAGCACUGAUGGAGGGAUUGUGCGUUCCUGGUGUAACUCGGGCAGUUGUUGUUGCCAUCCUGUACCUGUCCCGCAGGUGUGAUGUUUCGGAUGUACCGAUCCUGUGCAGGUGUUGUUACACGUGGUCUGCCACUGCGAGGACGAUCAGCUGUCCAUCCUGUCUCCCUGUAGCGCUGUUUUAGGCGUCUCACAGUACAGACAUUGCAAUUUAUUGCCCUGGCCACAUCUGCAGUCCUCAUGCCUCCUUGCAACAUGCCUAAGGCACGUUCACGCAGAUGAGCAGGGACCUUGGGCAUCUUUAUUUUGGUGUUUUUCAGAGUCAGUAGAAAGGCCUCUUUAGUGUCCUAAGUUUUCAUAACUGUGACCUUAAUUGCCUACCGUCUGUAAGCUGUUAGUGUCUUAACGACCGUUCCACAGGUGCAUGUUCAUUAAUUGUUUAUGGUUCAUUGAACAAGCAUGGGAAACAGUGUUUACAAUGAAGAUCUGUGAAGUUAUUUGGAUUUUUACAAAUUAUCUUUGAAAGACAGGGUCCUGAAAAGGGGACGUUUCUUUUUUUGCUGAGUUUAUUUAAAGAACUCACAUAUAUUUUUUGAUAAUGUUUGAGCAAGCCACAUACAGUAUACUAACAUAAAUUCUAAGUAUGAACUGAGACAUAGAGAACACAUCUAUAUGUUUUUUAUGUAAAAAUAGCUAUAUAAAAUACAUUUGAUUGAUUGAUAAUAGAUGUUAUUUCACAUGCAUGCUGUAUCAGUUAAAUGAUGGCCAAUGACCUAUUUUAAAACAACAGAAUCAUUCUCCUCAGUACCACAGCUGCUUCUGCCUCAAUUCAUACAUGAUGCCUUUAGCUUCCUGCCUCUGCUCCGCUUUCUGCCUGACCGACUUUGCUCUUUCUCGGCUGUAGCGCUGCUCUGAGGCUGCUCCAUGACACUGCUCGAUGCUAGCGGUACCAUGUACUCCUGAGUGGCGCAGUGGUCUAAGGCACUGCAUCGCAGUGCUAACUGUGCCACUAGAGAUCCUGGUUCGAAUCCAGGCUCUGUCGCAGCCGGCCGCGACCGGGAGACUCAUGGGCGGCGCACAAUUGGCCCAGCGUCGUCCAGGGUAGGGGAGGGAAUGGCCGGCAGGGAUGUGGCUCAGUUGAUAGAGCAUGGCGUUUGCAACGCCAGGGUUGUGGGUUCGAUUCCCACGGGGGGCCAGUAUAAAAAAAUAUAUAAAUAUGUGUUCACUAACUGUAAGUCGCUCUGGAUAAGAGCGUCUGCUAAAUGACUAAAAUGUAAAUAGCUGCUCCAUGAUAGCUAUUUUAUGAUAGCUUCUCCAGACUUGCUGCUUCAUGAUAUCCGCUUCAGACUAGCUGCUCCAAACUAGCUGCUCCAUGAUAACUGCUCCAUGCUAGCUGCUCCAGAAUAGCUGCUCCAUGAUUCCUGCUCCAGACUAGCUGCUUCAUGAUACCUGCUCCAGCCUAGCUGCUUCAUGAUAACUGCUCCAUGCUAGCUGCUCCAUGCAAGCUGCUCCAUGAUACCUGCUCGAUGAUAACUGCUUCAUGAUAACUGCUCUAUGAUACCUGCUCCAGACUAGCAGCUCCAUGAUAACUGCUCCAAACUAGCUGCUCCAUGAUAACUACUCCAAACUAACUGCUCCAUGAUAGCUACUCCAUGAUAGCUGCUCCAGACUAGCUAUUUCAUGAUAGCUGCUCCAGACAAGCUGCUCCAUGAUAGCUACUCCAUGAUAACUGCUCCAGACUAGCUAUUUCAUGAUAGCUGCUCCAGACUAGCUGCUCCAUGAUAACUGCUCCAGACUAGCUGCUCCAUGAUAGCUACUUCAUGAUAACUGCUCCAGGCUAGCUAUUUCAUGAUAGCUGCUCCAGACUAGCUGCUCCAUGAUAACUGCUACAGACUAGCAGCUCCAUGAUAGCUGCUCCAUGAUAACUGCUCCAUGAUAACUGCUCCAGACUAGCUGCUCCAUGAUACCUUCUCCAGACUAGCUGCUUCAUGAUAACUGCUCCAUGAUAACUGCUCCAGACUAGCAGCUCCAUGAUAACUGCUCCAUGAUAGCUACUCCAUGAUACCUGCUCCAGACUAGCUAUUUCAUGAUAGCUGCUCCAGACUAGCUGCUCCAUGAUAACUUCUCCGGACUAGCUGCUCCAUGAUAACUUCUCCAGACUAGCUGCUCCAUGAUAACUGCUCCAUGAUAACUGCUCUAUGUUUAGCUGCUGUGUGUUCUUGUUGCCUCUAUACUAGACCCAGAGCCAUCCAAGCUGCAGCAGGCAGACACUUUCCCGUCCCAGGCACUGACUCCCACAGCCAGACUCCCUCUGAAUCACAGUUGUCCCCCAAAACACAUCACAUGGAUCACAGUCCCUUUGUUUUGUAUGCUGGCGCCUAGCCGAACCAAACGAUUGUGCACGCAUACUCCCUUCACUUGAAAAAUGCAAUACUAUGGUUUGUCCAUUUUUAGACACCAUACACUUCCUCAAAAUAGUCCAAAUUAAUCUAAGAUGACUCAAUCAUUUUUUAUUUUAUUUAACCUUUAUUUAACCAGGUAAGCCAGUUGAGAACAAGUUCUCAUUUACAACUGCGACCUGGCCAAGAUAAAGCAAAGCAGUGCGAUAAAAACAACAACACAGAGUUACAUAUGGGGUAAACAAAACAUAAAGUCAAAAAUACAACAGAAAAUAUAUAUACAGUGUUUGCGAAUGCAGUAAGUUAUGGAGGUAAGGCAAUAAAUACGCCAUAGUGCAAAUAGUUACAAUUUCGUAUUAACACUGGAAUGAUAGAUGUGCAAAUAGAGAUACUGGGGUGCAAAUUAGCAAAAUAAAUAACAAUAUGGGGAUUAGGUAGUUUGGUGGGCUAAUUUCAGAAUGGCUGUAUACAGGUGCCCAAAUCUGUCAUUCAUUUUGACAUUUUUGCAGAGGAGAUCUUAGUCGCACAAUUUUACAUCUAACUAAGAUGUUAGGUGCAGUAUUUUUCAAAGAAAAAAUUUGCAUGAAAACAAGUCAUCUCUCGUCCUCUGUAGCUCAGCUGGUAGAGCACGGCGCUUGUAACGCCAAGGUAGUGGGUUCGAUCCCCGGGACCACCCAUACACAAAAAUGUAUGCAUGCAUGACUAUAAGUCGCUUUGGAUAAAAGCGUCUGCUAAAUGGCAUAUUAUUAUUAUUAUUCGUUGAAUGACAACAAAGACUUUAUUGAUGAAUCCCUACUGUUGACCAAUCACCGACUUGACCAAUCACCGACUUCGGCUUGCCUCCAGAAAAAAAAUGCUGUGCCCGAAUAGCCGAAGUCCAAAGCAAACAAAAACGUCACAAAAUGUCAUCAUAAUAUAUACACCAACUCUACAGAAGUGUUUUGGCUGGGAAGCAUGUGGACGCCUUAACCCUAACCCCAACCAGGACAUGACUGGGCCUGGACCUAGGUUACACAUUAACCCUAACCCCAACCAGGACAUGACUGAGCCUGGACCUAGGUUACACAUGAACCCUAACCCCAACCAGGACAUGACUGAGCCUGGACCUAGGUUACACAUGAACCCUAACCCCAACCAGGACAUGACUGAGCCUGGACCUAGGUUACACAUGAACCCUAACCCCAACCAGGACAUGACUGAGCCUGGACCUAGGUUACACAUUAACCCUAAUCCCAACCAGGACAUGACUGAGCCUGGACCUAGGUUACACAUGAACCCUAACCCCAACCAGGACAUGACUGAGCCUGGACCUAGGUUACACAUGAACCCUAACCCCAACCAGGACAUGACUGGGCCUGGACCUAGGUUACACAUUAACCCUAACCCCAACCAGGACAUGACUGAGCCUGGACCUAGGUUCCACAUUAACCCUAAUCCCAACCAGGACAUGACUGAGCCUGGACCUAGGUUACACAUGAACCCUAACCCCAACCAGGACAUGACUGAGCCUGGACCUAGGUUACACAUGAACCCUAACCCCAACCAGGACAUGACUGAGCCUGGACCUGGGACAUGAGGGUGCCUGCUGCAGUGGGAUACUGUGUGUCUUGUUACUGUACUGUUGCCUAAAGCUGCUGCAGCCUACGGCAGUGUCUCUGCUCCAUAUCCUAGCAGACAGAAUGAAGGACUGGACUGUAGCUUUGCUUUGCUCUAGUGCACAUGCCUCUGAUCUGAUGCCAGCCACAGAGAGAUCACUGUGCAGGAUGUAAUAGGAGGGAACAAGGAGGGCUGCCUGGGAGAACUGUGUCACAGUGUCUGACCUGGUUUCUCUGUGUCUGUCUAUGUGUUUGUCUCUGUGUCUGUGUCUUUGUGUCUGUCUCUCUCUGUCUCUCUGUGUCUGUCUGUCUGUGUCUCUGUGUCUGUUUUUUGUGAACGUGUCUCUGUGUGUGUCUGUUAUUCUGUGUGUUCUGGCAUGUGUUUUUUCUUGUUCCUGUGUGUGUGUGUGUGUGUGUGUGUGUCUGCGUGUGUGUGUGUGUGUCGUUGUACUGUGUGUGUGUGUGUGUGUGUGUGUGUGUGUACAUCCCUAGGCCAGACUCUGCUAGGCCAGACUCUGUUAGGCCAGACUCUGCUAGGCCAGACUCUGCGGAGGGCAAUCUGUCGUCCUGCCCGUCUCGUAAUGGAGAGAAGGACUGGGAGAACGAGUCCACAACCUCCUCCACUCCCUCCAACCAAGAGUACACAGGUACGGCCCGCUACACUACAAUCACAGUAUUCUGCUUUCAAAAGGAGACCACACUACUGCAGUAUACCGGAGCUCUGUGGUCCAUGUGUAGAACAGGCUGUUCUGACUUUCUGGUAGUUUGUCACUGCAUUCCUUAUGCUGGUAUCUGUUUCUUCCCUCAGGCCCAAAGCUGUACAAGGAGCCCAGUGCCAAGUCCAACAAGUAUAUCAUCCAGAAUGCACUGGCCCACUGCUGCCUGGCGGGCAAGGUCAACGAAGAGCAGAAGAACAAGAUAAUAGAUGUAGGCAGUUUGAUGUACACUGUUUCUUUUUCUCUCAUUUUACUUUACUCUUUUACUUCACGUUUUGUUCCUUUCUUUUCCUUCCCUAUCUCUUUCAGGAAAUGGAGAGGUCGGGGGCCAAUAACUUCCUGGUUCUAUUCCGGGACACGGGUUGCCAGUUCCGCUCGGUGUACUCCUACUGUCCAGAGACGGAGGAGAUCACCAAGCUGGCGGGCAUCGGGCCCAAGAGCAUCACGGCCAAGAUGAUCGAGGGACUGUACAAGUACAACUCGGACAGGAAGCAGUUCAGCCACAUCCCGGCCAAGACCAUGUCGGCUAGUGUAGACGCCAUCACCAUCACCCCCCACCUGUGGCAGACCAAGAAACAGGGCACACCCAAGAAACUGGGUAGUCUCAAGUAGUCACAGCAACAAGCCGUUUUCAUAACAAACCAAGGAUAUUGUUGCUAGGUGUCCUGGGUUAUAGUUGAGGACUGAGGGGAGGCUUUGUGGGUUAUCCGACCACGGAACGGACCCAGGUCUGGGUAUGACCUGGGAUAUUACAGGGUCUGGUUUGGUAUGAACGGUGCUAAUGAGUCCAGCUUUCUAAUGUUCUUUGCCAGUAAGAUAUUCCAUGAACACUUACACUCAGCAUUCAUCUGGGUCUGAUAUCUUAUAUACAGUAUAAUUGAAUGAUUAUGUAGAAGGAUUUUUCUUCUUAAGAGAACACUGCUGAAAUUAUGCACAACUGGAAUGUAGAAAAAAAAAAAACACAAGUCUCAAGGGACAUUGUUGUUGUUAUGCAAGACUGUGUGUGUGGGACCCAGAGUCAUUCUAAUGGAGCACGCGUGUGUGUGUUCGUCAGCAUGCGUGGGUGUCCAUGUUCUCAUGUGCCCAAAAAAGGGGGGGGCUGAUGAAGGCCUUACUGAAUCAGACCACUGAAGCACUGAAUGUCAUCUCUCUGAAAUAGACAGAGUUUGAGGUCUCCCUGUUCAUCAUGUUUGGCCUUAUGCUUGUUUUGUGUGUCAUAUGAAAGUGCAGCGAUUAUGUCAUAUUUAAGCGCCAGUUGUGAUGUUUUUGUGAGUACAGGACAAUUGGCUGUGUGUGAGGCUUGCUUUUCUCUCUGGCUGAAAGAGGAGAGUGAGCAGUUGGGUUUGUGUAAUGUGUAAAUAAGUGCCAAGAUUGAGUGAGGAGAAUACCUCAGAAUUGGGUUGUCGUUACUUUCGAUAAGAACUAGUAAAUCAUUGAUUUAAGUAUCAUCUAGUUCACGGGAAUGUCAGCAACUGACUUAAUAUAUUUUAUGUUUUUGAUAAGGCUUUGGAAGUCUUUUAAAGGCUUUUUAAAUUUCAUUGACAUAAAUAUAAAUAUACGUAAAGACUAUAUAACUGUAUAAGUUCAUUUAGUUUGUAUAUAAUACCAAUUCCAUUCAAAAUGAAUGAGUCAAACUAGCGUUUAUCAUUUAAUAUGGACGGAUAUGGGGCCUUUUAUUGUUUAAAAAAUGUACGUGUGUAAUCACUUUUCAAUGUCACUGACAGGACGAUUUCAAGCUUUAGAAUAGCAGCAAGUUUCACAAAUUGUGUCAUGAGCCUGUGCAAUUCAGAGAAAAUAUCUUAUAAAAGUCCUUGUUGGGAUACAGUAUGUGUUUGGACCUCACAGAUAUUCAAAAGCAUUUUACUUUAUUGUGGAUAGUAUCUUAACUGUUGAAUUCCAUUUACACUCUAAGUAGUCCUCAAUACAUGUAUGUGUACAUAUACAAUUGAGAGUAAUUCAUCAAUAGCAAUUCAUGAUGCUUUCCCACUGUAGAUUGCAGUAUUUGUUGUUGUAUAACUGCAUACUUACAUAAUGUAGAUCACAGAAAUAUGAAACAUUCCUACUGGACUUUCACAACAUCUGUUACAUUAUGCUUCAACAUGUUACAUUCCUCUAACCUAUGGAAGGAAACUGGCAUUAUUAUUAUUUUGGAGAAAAGCCGUGUUUAUGCUGUACAUUAUAUACAGUAUUUUGUCAUAAGUGUUUUUCGUAAACCAUUUUCCAUUUUGAGGUUUCAUGUGAGCAGCACAUCUGUCUCAAAAGAAAAUAUGUUUUGUAUGAGUGACGGGCAACAAAUAGAGAGAGAACUGACUGCAAACUGUUUCCUGCUGCAUACUAUUGUCAGUAGUGGAUAAUCAGAUAUGUAUGAGAUGCCAUUCUGUGUUUUUCCCAUUCUAAAUUAGUUUUAUUUUAACCCUGUCAAUAUGAUCAUGUAUUUAUGUUAUUUUUAUAUAUUCCUUUGAACUAUAUUAAAAUGUAAAUUUUCAUCGAAACUUGUGAUUUAUGUUUUUGAAGCUUGGUUAUCCACUUGAAUCAAAUUGUUUGAUUCUUUGUUGUUACUGCAUUACAGAACAAGUGGGUCUUGAACCUGCAACCCGAGGCCAGCUUGUCAUUUUACUGUUACCUAUUACAUAAUUUCUCAUAGAAAACCUAAUGAUUGAGAUAUCAAAUCAAAUAAAAUGUUAUUUGCCACAUGCGCUGAAUACAACAGCUGUAGACCUUACAGUGAAAUGCUUACUUACAAGCCCUUAACCAACAAUGCAGUUUUAUGAAAAAUAAGUGUAAUAAUAAUAAUAAUAAUAAUUAAGGGGCAGCAGUAAAAUAAAAUAACAGUAGGGAGGCUAUAUACAGGGGGUACCGGUACAGAGUCAAUGUGCGGGGGCACUCACUAUUCGUCCUCUCUUGCACCCAAUAGCAACUUUAGGCAAUCAAAUGAGAAUAAAACCAACCAGAUUUACUUCGUAUCACUGUCUGUUUUAAUCCUCUUUAAACCUUUUCAGAGGGCCAUGUCCUUCAAGCAUUUAAUUGUAUUUACCCGACUGUUGCACUUUCCACUGUGAUUCUGCGAUUACAUGUAAAUGGGACACGUCCUAAUCUGGGAGGUGAAGGCAUGGGAUUAUCCAUCCACCAUCCUGUCCUCUCCUGACAAGUAAUUAUCGCAUUGCACGUGGCAUAAUUGGAAGUUGAUGACAGUUUAUUUGAUGCUCAUGUUCAAUGGAUGGUAGGAAUGUCGAUCGGUAGCCCAAAGGCUAUGCGGUUUUGAUUUGCAAGAGAAGCGAUGCUUGGGGCGCCCCUGUGAAAAUGGAUGGGAUUUGAUUGGUAGACAGACGAAGCGGUGCGCUUGACAACCGAAGGGGCUGGGUAGCAUGCGACUAGCAGCAGUAGAAAUCGAGCAGAGAAGACAACAGAAAGGGAGAGAGAAACAACAAAAGAGACUGACGAACGAAACGAAGAAGAAUCGCCGUGACAGCUACGAUUUUCAACAACACAGAAACAAAUCUAAGGAGCGUGUUUUCAGCCCAUGUAUUUUUAGACCAAGGUGAGCUUUAAAUCGCAUUGAGGGCGUGUUUGUUAAUGCGUGGGAAGCCUCGCCACCCAUCCCGUCUGUGCUGCUAGCGGAUGAUGAGUCUCUCGCUUGGCCUGGCUAGCCAUUCUUCUGGUCAUGAUCUGAAUCUGUCAUCGCGGUUUUGGGUGUGCGUUCCUGACAACAGUACUUGUCGUGGUAUGUCGCUACCAGCUAACAUUGGCUGUUUUAGGUAGUUAGUUAGCUUGCUAAUAUUUCAGAGAAAUAUGUGCUUGUCUUGUCGUUUAUUUCACAACAUCAGACAAGAACAGGUUGGGGUGAAGCAGCUAGCUAGCUACUUAGCUAGAAAGCUAAUUUUAUGUGUUUGAACCCCACCCAUAGCUGCAGUGCCUAGCUACAUGGUUAGUUAGUUCUAGAUUGUAAAUAGAUGUUGAUUUAUUGGAACCCUUACCUACAAGUUAUAAUUAACUAGUUAGCUAGUUCAUCCUAUUUUUAGGUGUUGCGCUGCGCAUAGUUUCCUUGCUGCUACGUUGUUGCCACUGCUGCUGUAAGUGUCGCCAGCAGUGACUCUUUGCAUGCAGUUUGGUUGUUCUUUUUCUUUUCUGAAUGGCCUGUUUUGUUGAUUGCCAGAUAUCUAACCUUGUUCUUUGUUGAAAGCACCUAUUCCUAAACUAAAUGUAUAAGCAUACUGUUGUAACCACUUGCUUGGACACCUUGUCAACAAUGCAGAUUGCAAUGCAACACCAAGAUAGCAGAACUAUUGACAUAACUAUCUAAAUCCUUAGUCAGCAUCCAGGCUUCUUUCUCCCUGUGCAACUGUAGCCUAAGCAGUAAAUCAAUCAAUGAAAUCUGCAGUAAUAUAACUUGUUUGCAGUUGUAGGGUUGAUGGCAAUUGUCGUAAUUUGAGACUCAAAUCCUAAUUAUCAUGACAGUAACCUCAGUCAAUGGUAUUUAUCCUAUUUUUAUCCCCAGGUGAACCCUUGAACAAGAGUGAGAUUAAAUAUGAUGGGUUACAGUUCAUAUCUGUUAGCCUUCCUGGCAUGGGGUUUCCAAACUUUGUCAAUUUACCAGUAAUGUGAUCCUAAUCCAUAAUGUGUUACUGUUAUUACUUCACAAUUAAUAGCACAGCUGUGUGUGAUUGGAUUAACUGUCAGCUGCAGACGUUGUACUGACGCUGAUCUGCUGUUAAUCUGCUAAUCACAGUGGUCAGAUUUGGGGCUUGAUUCCAUUAUGUGCAAUUGAGGAUUUUGUCAUGUCGUUCACAUUGAGUAGGCGCACAGAGGAGGCCUAGGUUUCCUGUGCUUAUUUUCUGGGAGGGAUUGAAAUAUAUUAGGCUAGACUUCUUGAAAGCCUAUUCAAAAGUAAGCAAGGUCAGUUGUACCAGUUGUUGGCCAAGUGAAACUAUCAGGAGCAACAAUUACAUUAGGAAUUUAUUGUUUACCAAAUAGAUACUAGGCUGCCUUUCUACAAUCAACAUGAGAGCCUCAGUUUAUGGUUUGUAUACUUACCCUGAGUUUUGUUGUUGUUGGUGUGUGUCAGCUCGUCGUAGCCAUGACAGCGGAGGAGAUCAUCAAUGUGAAGGAGGUGGAGAUCAUCAAGGUGAUCCUAGACUUCCUCAACUCCAGGAAGCUCCACAUCAGUAUGCUGGCCCUGGAGAAGGAGAGCGGCGUCAUCAACGGACUCUACUCUGACGACAUGCUCUUCCUCAGGUACACAAAGGCCUGGGUCGUAUUCAUUAGGCGCCAAACGGCAAAAAAAAACUAAAACAGGGAGAGACUACCUGGACUUAGGCUAUCCAAUAAAGAACGUCCAUUUUCGUUUUCUGUUGCAAAAUGUUUUAUUACGUGUGCCCUAAUGAAUAUGACCCUGGAAUUACUGUUUGGGUCUCACUAUGUGGAUAGUGUUAGAAAUACAAAGGGUUUGGGGCUCUCCCAUAGGAUAUCAAGACACCUCCAUAAGCGAUUGCUGCACAACAACAGUUGACAGACUAAUUAGAUGAAAUUGUUGCUGUUCAGCAUUCCAAAGAAUUUUCAUUAACUCCAUGGAAGUGGCAUUUUUCAGGCUCAUAUUAAUAGGUCACUGGAUGCUAAACUAAUGCUGAAACACAAUGUUCAGAAAGUGUAGCAUAAAUUCCUUUGUUCAUGCAAUAAUGAUCCAGACCACCUCUAUGAUAAACUGGAUUGGCGUGCCCCUUUUAAAUGUCAGCCAGCAGUGAACUGUUACGCCUCUUUGGCAUUCCACUCAGCUGAGUUUGUGAAAUGUCUGAUUGGAGUUGGACCCCCUUUCACACAGAGGGCCCCACUGUUACCGGGUGACCAUUCACUGCCUGUCUUUUAUCUGCCCCUUUAUUACACUGACCAAUCAUGACAAUCUGUUUCAGUAGGAGAUGGCAAGCAGGGAAGUGAAUUGGAGAAUCCUUUGUGUACAUGUUUGGUUCGUUUUUUGUUCUGUGGUUUUGUUUCUGUAUUAUGAAGAUUUCCUGAAAUGAUGUGGCUAGUGUGAAUAGGCUCAGAGCACGUAACGGGCUGCAUUAGGUGUCACUAAGACUGAACUCUUUAUUGAGUAUAUUACACCUGAUUUAUUAUCUCACCUUUUUUGUUGAAUUGUUUAUCUCUGUCCAGGCAACUGGUGCUGGAUGGGCAGUGGGACGAGGUGCUUCAGUUUAUUCAGCCGCUGGAGUGCAUGGACAAGUUUGACAGGAAAAAGUGAGGCUUCGUUAAUACGACACAGACGUAGUCUGACUGUACCUGCCCAUUUCUGCACUUAGCAAUGCUACAUUAUUGCCUUGCCAAACCAACUAUACAUUAGCAACCUGACACCUAGGCUAGAAUGUACAGGGUUUGAAUGACUUUUCUGAGACAUGUUCUGGGGCUAUACUUUAUUUUGUUGUCGUAGGUUCCGUUACAUCGUCCUGAAGCAGAAGUUUCUAGAGGCCCUGUGUGUGAACAACGCAAUGUCUGCUGAGGACGAGCCACAGCAUGUGAGUCAACAGACAAAGAAUAGACUCUCAAUUCAAUUAAAGGGGGUGUUUACAUUACCAAAGCAAGUGUAAUAAACAAAAAUGAGAACACAAACUAUUACGAUUUAACAGUAAAUAUUGCACUCAAAAAGGUUUAAGAUAGAUAUUUCAAGUGUGACAUCAGCUAUGUACAGGGAUUUACAUCAGCUAUGUACAGGGAUUUACAUCAGCUAUGUACAGGGAUUUACAUCAGCUAUGUGCUAAUAGCUGUAGUAUGAAUAGGGUCUCUCUCUCUCCCUUCCUUCCUUCCUUCCUUCCUUCCUUCCUUCCUUGCUGGACAUUGUUCUAGUUGUGUCUGUCUUUGUCAUUACAUAUUCCAUCUCCCUGUCUUUGUUUUCCUGUCUCCUUUCCUCUGCCUCCUUUCCUCUGCCUCCUUUCCUCUGUCUCCUUUACUCUGUCUCCCUCUGAAUGAGCCAGGAAUCACCAAACAGCCCUCCUUUCUUUCUCCAUCUGUCACUGCCUCUUUUUUGCUCCUAGUAAACACACAAUCAUUGAGCUUUCUCUACUCAUUGUCCUAUAUGAGCGUUGUCACAGACAGUGCAGAUCUGAGUCCAGCUUGUCUCCUGACUCGAUUAGUGUGGGCUCCUCCUGUGUUUGUGUAUAAGGCUGUGUUUACACAGGCAGCCCAAUUCUGAUCAUUUGCCCAGCAUGAGUUAGUGUGUGUGACACGUGAGUCUGAUUUAGCAAGUUUCUAUGUGUUUAUUGUGUUAGGUCUAGAUUUGUUUCUCGUGAAAAUCUCUUUCACACAUUUAUUCGAAGCACUUCAAAGCAACGCUGACAUUGUUUUCCUUGGACAUGAUAGAGAUCUGAGCCCUUCUACCCUGGCAGUUAUAAUCUUGGCCUCAGAAACCGAUAACAAGUAGCUACUCUUCAACAGGAUCUACAGACAUGCUGGGUUUUGAUGAUCAAAACAUAAUUUUUCAUCCUCUCUGUCUCUGAGGGAAUGUUGAGUCUUGAGGGAUGAGGAUGGAUAGUGCUACAUUGCCUCUAGAAAUGAAUAAAUAUGCAUAAAAUAAAUGAAUAAAUAUGCAUAAAAGCAUGUUUUGUUUUUGUGAGAACCCUCUACACUGCAUCAAGUUGCCUACUGCUACAUGUGAGGGAAACAUGAGUGAAUGUGAGGUGGCCCAAAAUCUAAACUCUCUCUCUCGCUCUCUCACAGUUGGAGUUCACCAUGCAGGAGGCGGUGAAGUGUCUUCAUGCUCUGGAGGAGUUCUGUCCCUCUAAAGAUGACUACAGCAAGCUAUGUCUGCUCCUCACUCUGCCUCGUCUCACCAACCACGCUGAGUUUAAGGCAUGACACAUUUUAUAGUUAUGGCAUCUGACCUUAUGAAUCGUACCUGUUCAUUUAUAAAUAAUAACAAUAAUGAAUCUGAUCGUAGGCAUCGUACUGUUAUUCUAGCUCUGUGAUUGAUGCUAAUAUUUACUUUGAAGAAAUGUUGGUAACAGUUUACUGAAAGCUGGUAUCAAAGGGCAUUAUUACAUUGUUAUAAGCAUGUAUGAGCACUUAUGAUAUAGCUAUAGAUAAUAAACAUAUGUAAUAUUAUGAAUCCAUAACUCUAUAGCAUAUGUUGUAUUAUUCAUCCAUAACUAUCUUAUUUUUUCAAUGUGGAAGUUUUCCAACUGUCUCCAAAUAUAUUAUUAUGAGACGACCCUGGUGUCAUAUGUGUGGAUGGGUUUUUAGCUAAAUGACUAAAGUAUAAGUUGCAUAAUGUUUCCCCUCCAGGACUGGAACCCCAGCACAGCGCGGGUGCACUGUUUUGAGGAGGCGUGCACAAUGGUGGCAGAGUUCAUCCCUGCAGACAGGAAGCUGAGUGAGGCGGGGUUCAGGGCCUCAGGGAACCGCCUCUUCCAGCUCCUCAUUAAAGGAGUUCUGUAUGAGUGCUGUGUCGAGUUCUGUCAGGUGGGGGAUCCAAGUGUUCUGUUACAAGGCAUUGUACAAAUAAUGUAUUUUAUAUCAUAUAAUAUGAUUUUCAUGCUUGGUGAAUAGGAUGGAUGGGUUGAUUGAUUGGUUAGUUAGUUUAAUGAUUGAUUGAUUGAUGGACUGAUUGAUUGACUAACUAAUAUAUUGUGUGCCACUGACUCCAGAGCAAGGCGACAGGCGAGGAGAUCACGGAGGGCGAGGUGCUCCUGGGGGUAGACAUGCUGUGUGGGAACGGCUGUGAUGACAUGGAUCUGUCCUUACUCUCCUGGAUGCAGAACCUGUCCCACAGUGUCUUCUCCUGCGCCUUCGAGCAGAAGCUGCUUCAGAUCCACGUGGACCGCCUGGUCAAGCCCGCCAAGGCCAGCUACGCAGACCUCCUCACCCCGCUCAUCAGCAAGCUGUCCCCCUACCCCUCCUCGCCCCUCCGCCGUCCCCAGUCCGCCGACACCUACAUGUCCCGGUCUCUGAACCCGGCCCUGGACGGCCUGUCGUACGGGCUGUCUGGCCAGGAGAAGAGGGGCCCAGGGGGGGACACGGCAGGGGGGAAGGGGAUGUCCCCCAUGUCUCAUUCCUUCGCUAAUUUCCACACAGGGGGCCAGAGUCUUAGCAGGAGUCUGAUGCUGGAGAGCUCUGACUGCCACAGCAUCUUUGAGGAGUCGCCUGAAGGGUGAGAGAGAGGAGUGUGGUUUGGAUUUAUGUUGCACUUAUUCAUUAAAAACAUUUUAUGUAGUAAGGGCAUGACAAGUCAUUAUACCACAAACAGAUCUGAGACCAGGAUAGGAAUUCAACUGAUCUGCCACUCAUUUGUAGUAGUUUUACUCUAGAAGAAUGGCCAAGCAUCGUCUAGGGUAGGCUAAGCAUUGACAUUAUGUCAAUCAAUCAAUCAAAUUGUAUUUAUAAAGCCCUUUUUACAUCAGUCACAAAGUGCUAUACAGAAACCCAGCCUAAAACCCCAAACAGCAAGCAAUGCCGAUGUAGAAGCACGGUGGCUAGGAAAAACUCCCUAGAAAGGCAGAAACCUAGGAAGAAACCUAGAGAGGAAACAGGCUCUGAGGUUGGGAGACACUGUGGCCCCGUCCGACGAUACCCCCAGACAGAGCCAACCAGGCAGGAUAUAACCCCACCUACUUUGCCAAAGCACAGCCCCCACACCACUAGAGGGAUAUUAACAGACCACCAACCUACUACCCUGAGACAAGGCUGAGUGAAGAUCUCCUCCACUGCACGAGCCCGAGGGGGCGACAAACCGGACAGGAAGAUCACGUCAGUGACUCAACCCACUCAAGUGACGCACCCCUCCUAGGGACGGCAUGGAAAGCAACAGUAAGCCAGUGACUCAGCCCCCGUAAUAGGGUCAGAGGCAGAGAAUCCCAAUGGAGAGAGGGGAGCCGGCCAGGCAGAGACAGCAAGGGCGGUUCGUCGCUCCAGUGCCUUUCCGUUCACCUUCGUACCCCUGGGCCAGACUACACUCAAUCAUAGGACCUACUGAAGAGAUGAGUCUUCAGUAAAGACUUAAAGGUCGAUACCGAGUCUGCGUCUCUCACAUGGAUAGGCAGACCAUUCCAUAAAAAUUGAGCUCUAUAGGAGAAAGCCCUGCCUCCAGCUGUUUGCUUAGAAAUUCUAGGGACAAUAAGGAGGCCUGCGUCUUGUGACCGUAGCGUACGUGUAGGUAUGUACGGCAGGACCAAAUCGGCGAGAUAGGUAGGAGCAAGUCCAUGUAAUGCUUUGUAGGUUAGCAGUAAAACCUUGAAAUCAGCCCUAGCCUUAACAGGAAGCCAUUGUAGAGAGCCUAGCACUGGAGUAAUAUGAUCAAAUUGUUUGGUUCUAGUCAAGAUUCUAGCAGCCGUGUUUAGCACUAACUGAAGUUUAUUUAGUGCUUUAUCCGGGGAGCCAGAGAGUAUAGCAUUUCAGUAGUCUAAUCUAGAAGUGACAAAAGCAUGGAUGAGCUUUUUUGCAUCAUUUUUGGACAAAAAGUUUCAGAUUUUUUGCAAUGUUACGAAGAUGGGGAAAAAAGCUGUCCUUGAAAUAUUCUUGAUAUGUUCGUCAAAAGAGAGAUCAGGGUCCAGAGUAACGCCGAGGUCCUUCACAGUUUUUUUUUAGACGACUGUACAACCAUCAAGAUUAAUUGUCAGAUCCAACAGAAGAUCUCUUUGUUUCUUGGGACCUAGAACUAGCAUCUCUGUUUUGUCCGAGUUUAAAAGUAAAAAAUUAGCUGCCAUCCACUUCCUUAUGUCUGAAACACAUGCUUCCAGGGUAGGCAAUUUUGGGGCUUCACCAUGUUUCAUUGAAAUGUAGAGCUGUGUGUCGUCCGCAUAGCAAUGAAAGUUAACAUUGUGUUUCCGAAUGACAUCACCAAGAGGUAAAAUAUAUAGUGAAAACAAUAGUGGUCCUAAAACGGAACCUUGAGAAAUACCUAAACUUAAAAUUGAUUUGUCAGAGGACAAAUCGUCCACAGAGACGAACUGAUAUCUUUCCGACAGAUAAGAUCUAAACCAGGCAAGAACUUGUCCGUGUAGACCAAUUAAGGUUUCCAAUCUCUCCAAAAGAAUCUGGUGAUGGAUGGUGUCUAAAGCAGUACUAAGGUCUAGGAGCACGAGGACAGAUGCAGAGCCUUGGUCUGACGCCAUUAAAAGGUCAUUUACUACCUUCACGAGUGCGGUCUCAGUGCUAUGAUGGGGUCUAAAACCAGACUGAAGCGCUUCGUAUACAUUUUUUGUCUUCAGGAAGGCAGUGAGUUGCUGCACAACAGCUUUUUCAAAAGAUUUGAGAGGAAUGGGAGAUUCGAUAUAGGCCGAUAGUUUUUUACAUUUUCUGGGUCAAGGUUUGACUUUUUCAAGAGAGGCUUUAUUACUGCCACUUUUAGUGAGUUUGGUACACAUCCAGUGGAUAGGGAGACAUUUAUUAUCUUCAACAUAGGAGGACCAAGCACAGGAAGUAGCUCUUUCAGUAGUUUAGUUGGAAUAGGGUCCAGUAUGCAGCUUGAAGGUUUAGAGGCCAUUACUAUUUUCAUGAAUGUGUCAAGAGAUAUAGGAUUAAAAAAGUUGGGUGCCUCCAUUGAUCCUAGGUCCUGGCAGGUGUGUGCAGACUCAGGACAGCUGAGAAAUACGCAGAUUCAAAGAGGAGUCCGUCAUUUGCUUUCUAAUGACCAUGAUCUUGUCGUGGAAGAAGUUCAUGAAUUCAUCACUGCUGAAGUGAAAGGCAUCCUCUCUUGGGGAAUGCUGCUUUUUAGUUAGCUUUGUGACAGUAUAAAAUAUAAAUUUAGGAUUGUUCUUAUUCUCCUCAAUUAGGUUGGAAAAAUACGAUGAUCGAGCAGCAGUGAGGGCUCUUCGAUAUUGCACGGUACUGUCUUUCCAAGCUAGUAGGAAGACUUCCAGUUUGGUGGAGAGCCAUUUCCGUUCCAAUUUUCUGGAGGCUUGCUUCAGGGCUCGGGUAUUUUCUGUAUACCAGGGAGCUAGUUUCUUGUGACAAAUGUUUUUAGUUUUUAGGGGUGCGACUGCAUCUAGGGUAUUACGCAAGGUUAUAUUUAGAUCCUCAGUAAGGUCGUUAACUGAUUUUUGUACUCCAACGUCCUUGAGUAGAUGGAGGGAGUCUGGAAGGGCCUCUAGGAAUCUUUGGGUUGUCCGAGAAUCUAUAGCACGGCUUUUGAUGGUCCUUGGUUGGGGUCUGAGCAGAUUAUUUGUUGCGAUUGCAAACGUCACCUGUUUGAUUAAGCCUGGAGUAGACUGAGGACUAACCUCUGUAGUAGGAAGCACUAGAGAGCCUCUACCUUCAAGUACUCGAAGAAGAGGCUCAGUGAUGACUUGCUCAACACCCACUUAUUAGGGAGUAGCAGAGUGACAGUAGUGAUUAUCUGAGGAAUGUCUGGAGGACAUUGCAGCAGUCGUUGAUGCAGUAACAUACACAUUACGUAGUCCUUUAAUGUGGUCUCUCUGGGUCUGUCUCUGUAGCUCCAGGACAGACACGCCCGUGGAUAAGAUGAUGAGUUCAGGCACCCUGCGCCCCGAUUCCGCCCCUGGAGAGGACGCCCCAUCACCAAGCUCUGCAGAGAGGAACGAGGUAAAAUACCUGAUGGAGAGGAGGUGGGGAAGAGUGUCUUUUUUGCUAAAUAAAAACACAUUUCUAGAAAAUGUGUCUAAAAGGCGCCUCACCCUGACCUUUUUACCCGGUUCAGACAAAUCCUACAGAGUCAUCUUCCCUACUGAUGUGUGAUGAUUGGGGUUGUAGAGAGAAUUACUUUCAAAGAUGGUGGCCUCCAUCAGUCUAAAUAUAGGCCUGAGAUGAAUCUGUGUCUGACGUGUGAAACUCACUGAGUCAUCGAUCGUCUGCGGUUUACAGAGCCUGGAUUACAGCUAAGAGACCUGCCCUCUCUCUCUCUCUCUCUCUGUCUCUCUGUCUCUGUGUCUCUCUCUCUCUCUCUCUCUCUCUCUCUCUCUCUCUCUCUCUCUCUCUCUCUCUCUCUCCUCUCUCUCCUCUCUCUCUCUCUCUCUCUCUCUCUCUCUCUCUCUCUCUCUCUGUCUCUCUCUCUCUCUCUCUCUCUCUCUCUCUCUCUCUCUGUCUCUGUCUCUGUCUCUCUCUCUCUCUGUCUCUCUCUGUCUCUCUCUCUGUCUCUGUGUCUCUCUCUGUCUCUGUGUGUGUUACAGAACAGUACAGCCCAAAGGACACUAGUCGCCUGAUUUCCCUCUAAUUAUAGCCUUAGAGGAGAGCAGACUGUUCUCUGCUCUGCUCUACCCUGCCACAACUGUCCUGUCUAGCCUAUAGCCAGACUGUGAAUGUAAAGGCCUGCUCUGCCCCACCACAGCUGUCCUGUCUAGCCUAUAGCCAGACUGUGAAUGUAAAGCCCUGUGCUGCUCUGCCCCACCACAGCUAUCCUGUCUAGCCUAUAGCGAGACUGUGAAUGUAAAGGCCUGUGCUGCUCUGCCCCACCACAGCUGUCCUGUCUAGCCUAUAGCCAGACUGUGAAUGUAAAGCCCUGCUCUGGCCCACCACAACUGUCCUGUCUAGCCUAUAGCGAGACUGUGAAUGUAAAGGCCUGUGCUGCUCUACCCCACCACAACUGUCCUGUCUAGCCUAUAGCGAGACUGCGAAUAUACAGCCCUGCUCUACCCUGCCACCGCUGUCCUGUCUAGCCUAUAGCGAGACUGUGAAUGUAAAGGCCUGUGCUGCUCUGCCCCACCACAGCUAUCCUGUCUAGCCUAUAGCCAGACUGCGAAUAUACAGCCCUGCUCUACCCUGCCACCGCUGUCCUGUCUAGCCUAUACUUGGACGUCGAUUAAGGCAGCCCCCCGCACAUCUCUGAUUCAGAGGGGUUGGGUUAAAUGCGGAAGACACAUUUCAGUUGAAUGCAUUCAGUUGUACAACUGACUAGAUAUCCCCCUUUCCUACAGCCAGACUGUGAAUGUACAGCCCUGCUCUGCCACGCCUGUCACCUGGGAGACUGAUAAACAGACCAGUAGCAGAGUGGGACAUUAGACUGAUAAACAGACCAGUAGCAGAGUGGGACAUUAGACUGAUAAACAGACCAGUAGCAGAGUGGGACAUUAGACUGAUAAACAGACCAGUAGCAGAGUGGGACAUUAGACUGAUAAACAGACCAGUAGCAGAGUGGGACAUUAGACUGAUAAACAGACCAGUAGCAGAGUGGGACAUUAGACUGAUAAACAGACCAGUAGCAGAGUGGGACAUUAGACUGAUAAACAGACCAGUAGCAGAGUGGGACAUUAGACUGAUAAACAGACCAGUAGCAGAGUGGGACAUUAGACUGAUAAACAGACCAGUAGCAGAGUGGGACAUUAGACUGAUAAACAGACCAGUAGCAGAGUGGGACAUUAGACUGAUAAACAGACCAGUAGCAGAGUGGGACAAUAGACUGUGAUUUCACCUUCAGAUGAGACCCUGCUUUAUGGCUCCCUCUGCCACAGCUCUGUGUGUGUGUGAGCCCAAUAGGUUAUUGGAUUUCACACUGGCUGUGGUCCCUGCAUCAAAGAGGGCGAGUGAUGGCAGUGAAUAUGAAUGGCAUUUUUAUUCCAGAACUGAAGGGGUGUGCCGUCAAUGCUGGCUUUGAAUGUGAAUGGCACUAUGUAAGAAGUUGGCUGUACUUCAAACCAUUCUGAAUUAGGUUUGUGGUUUAAUAAAUGUGUGUGUGUGUGUUACCUCCUCAGCUGCGUGACUCGACAGAGAAGUUUGAGGAGUUCUACCGCCAGCGUCUGAGGGUACAGCAGCACCUGGAGCAGAAGCAGCAGCAGAGAAAAGUCUACCAGCAGAUGCUGCUGGAGGGAGGGGUACAACACACGGACCAGCCAGCCCCCGGGACAGACGCCAUGCAGCACAGCCUCACGGAGACCUUCCUCAACAGGUCAGACAUACCCACAAAGCACAGGACUUCAGUUCCUCAACAGGUCAGACAUACCCACAAAGCACAGGACUUCAGUUCCUCAAUAGGUCAGUUAUUCACCCACCGCGGUCUGAAACCAACAUGAUGAGUUCACCUCAGCCUUGCUUUUUUUAUGUUUUGAUGAGUUGAUUUCCAUUUUGUCCUAAACCCUGUAAUGACUCUCCUCCUCUUGGACUGCUCCAUAUGUUGCAGACCACAGACCUCAGAUGUUACAUGAUGUAAUGUACUAUUUCUUCCUGCAUGUAAUGGAUGGAAUAAGGGUUUCUCUGUUGUUGCUGAACAUAUCGUUUAAAUCAAGCACCAUUGCCUCACCCUUAGGAAAAAAACAACACUUUAGAAGACAGUACAGCCUUCUCUGUACAACCCAUGGCUUGGAUCUAACAUGACGCAAUGGAGAGACACACGCUUGUUAUAUAUAAACAUUCAGGACAGUCUGGGUUCAGCAUGAUUUUAAAAAGUAUGGGAACAUUUUGAGUCUAGUUAGAAGAACAUAAAGGAAAUAACUAAGAAAGGCCCUAAAGAACUCUAAUGAUAUCAUUAUGCCCUUCUAAAUAAUACACGGGGAGGGAUGGAGAGGGGGAGGGGAGGAGGGGGGAGGGAAGAAGGAGGGGAGGAGGGGGGAGGGAAGAAGGAGGGGAGGAGGGGGGAGGGGGGGAGGGGAUGGAGGAGGGGGGAGGGAAGAAGGAGGGAAGAAGGAGGGGAGGAAGGAGGGGGUAUAAGGAGGAGGGGGGGGGUAGAUGGGGAGAGAGAUCAAAAGCACUUUGUCCUACUGAUUCACACCACAGUCUAGAAGGGAGAACAUGGCCUGACCCUAUGAUGUCAUCUCUAUUAUAGAGUGAAAGACAAUAUACAGUAUCAGUAGACAGAUUCUAUUUCCUGUGGAUAGGGGCUCUAUGACAUCAGCCUAUCUAGGGUUCUAUAUCUAUGGUAAACACUCAAUGUUAAUGAGAUGCUCUAGCCUGGAGGAUGUUUGACAAGAUGACAAAAUGUUAACUGAUGCUUAGAGAGAGACUGUUGUGUUCUUUCACUAACAGGGUGUCUUAUGAAGUGUCUCUAAUACCCUGAGCACCAGCUGCUCCUGUGGUGCCUGGAGACAGACUGUCAUUAUCUAACUACAGUGGGGAAAAAAAGUAUUUAGUCAGCCACCAAUUGUGCAAGUUCUCCCACUUAAAAAGAUGAGAGAGGCAUGUAAUUUUCAUCAUAGGUACACGUCAACUAUGACAGACAAAUUGAUAAUUUUUUUCUCCAGAAAAUCACAUUGUAGGAUUUUUAAUGAAUUUAUUUGCAAAUUAUGGUGGAAAAUAAGUAUUUGGUCAAUAACAAAAGUUUCUCAAUACUUUGUUAUAUACCCUUUGUUGGCAAUGACACAGGUCAAACGUUUUCUGUAAGUCUUCACAAGGUUUUCACACACUGUUGCUGGUAUUUUGGCCCAUUCCUCCAUGCAGAUCUCCUCUAGAGCAGUGAUGUUUUGGGGCUGUCGCUGGGCAACACGGACUUUCAACUCCCUCCAAAGAUUUUCUAUGGGGUUGAGAUCUGGAGACUGGCUAGGCCACUCCAGGACCUUGAAAUGCUUCUUACGAAGCCACUCCUUCGUUGCCCGGGCGGUGUGUUUGGGAUCAUUGUCAUGCUGAAAGACCCAGCCACGUUUCAUCUUCAAUGCCCUUGCUGAUGGAAGGAGGUUUUCACUCAAAAUCUCACGAUACAUGGCCCCAUUCAUUCUUUCCUUGACACGGAUCAGUCGUCCUGGUCCCUUUGCAGAAAAGUUAUAUUUUGGUUUCAUCUGACCAUAUGACAUUCUCCCAAUCCUCUUCUGGAUCAUCCAAAUGCACUCUAGCAAACUUCAGACGGGCCUGGACAUGGCUUAAGCAGGGGGACACGUCUUGCACUGCAGGAUUUGAGUCCCUGGCGGCGUAGUGUGUUACUGAUGGUAGGCUUUGUUACUUUGGUCCCAGCUCUCUGCAGGUCAUUCACUAGGUCCCCCCGUGUGGUUCUGGGAUUUUUGCUCACCGUUCUUGUGAUCAUUUUGACCCCACGGGGUGAGAUCUUGCGUGGAGCCCCAGAUCGAGGGAGAUUAUCAGUGGUCUUGUAUGUCUUCCAUUUCCUAAUAAUUGCUCCCACAGUUGAUUUCUUCAAACCAAGCUGCUUACCUAUUGCAGAUUCAGUCUUCCCAGCCUGGUGCAGGUCUACAAUUUUGUUUCUGGUGUCCUUUGACAGCUCUUUGGUCUUGGCCAUAGUGGAGUUUGGAGUGUGACUAUUUGAGGUUGUGGACAGGUGUCUUUUAUACUGAUAACAAGUUCAAACAGGUGCCAUUAAUACAGGUAACGAGUGGAGGACAGAGGAGCCUCUUAAAGAAGAAGUUACAGGUCUGUGAGAGCCAGAAAUCUUGCUUGUUUGUAGGUGACCAAAUACUUAUUUUCCACCAUAAUUUGCAAAUAAAUUCAUUAAAAAUCCUACAAUGUGAUUUUCUGGAUUUUUUUUCCUCAAUUUGUCUGUCAUAGUUGACGUGUACCUAUGAUGACAAUUACAUGCCUCUCAUCUUUUUAAGUGGGAGAACUUGCACAAUUGGUGGCUGACUAAAUACUUUUUUCCCCACUGUACAUCAAUUACUUUAUUAAAGAGACAUGGCACAAGACCAGCAGCGAUUACACCCGUGUGUGUGUGUGUGUGUAUUAACCUGUGUGUUCUAUCUACCCAGGUCCAUUCAGAAGCUGGAGGAGUUGAACGUAGGGAUGGAGAGUCUAGGGGAGGAGGUCCAGUCUCUGGCCCAGCAGUGUAAUGGCACUUGCCCCACCCCCGAGAACAACAACAACAGUGACCCCGCAGGCCUGACCCCUGACCCCAGCGUGACCCUGACCCCCGAGCAGGGCCGCCCUCAGGGAGGAGGGGUGGUCAGCAGCACCCCACUACGCACCGCAGGGGGACGGGGGGUCCCCCCACCUAACGAAUCCCCCGUGGUCUCCCAGAGGUGAGAUACUGGUGUGUGUGUGUGUGUGUGUGUGUGUGUGUGUGUACGAUAUACACAUAAUUGUCUGUAUGGCUGGUGUGUAUACAUGUUUUUUCUUUGUGUACAUGGCAGGGUUUCCGUCAGGAAAAUUUGGCGCUGGACAACGUGACCGGCAAGAUCUUUUUAUUUACCGGACAUUUGAGAAAUUAAUAUGCAUUGGGUGCGUAACGCAUUACAGCGUCCACCCACUGUGCUCAAAAUCACAUUAUUAUUGUAAUUCAUCUUAACAGAAUAGAAAUUAGCCUGUAAAGUUGUAAUAAAACAAUGUUCUUAUACCAACAUGACAGGUUUUAUUUAAAAGCAAAACAUUGCCUGUUGCGUCUUUAUCCCUGCUGGAAAUCAUCAAUUAAUAUAAUUUUAAAAAAUCUAUAAAAAAACAUUUAGCCUAGAACAAGUUGCCUUCACGUUAAUAAAACACUACUUUAAAAUGUAAUAUUGUAUAAUAUAAUUUGCGAACGACCUGUCCUAUAGGCUGUUUGUAUGAACAUUUUAAUUAAUAAAUAACAAAACUCAGCUGUUUUCAAAUACAAUCUAGGCCUCUCUAAUUUAACAGCCUAGGCAUGAACAUUUUAAAUAGGCCUAGUAAAUAACAAAACUGGGGAGAGGUGGUGGAGGAACACCAGGGCCGGUCUGCCCCAUUUCCGCUGCCAUUCAGCACCACAGCAGUGGAAAGAGGCCACUAGGCGGCCAGAAAAUGAAGAAAUUAUCAAAGUGAUGUUGGACAAUCAAAUUCAAUAUGUAAAUGAACUAAAUUCGUUAAGGCUGGUUCAUUGAGAGAAAUCUUAUUUUACAAUGCUGCUGUGAAGCGAGGCCCACGCCAUGCAUUUAUGAAAGCACUUGUUUCCAAAGCUCAAUUUAUAUCUCACUCUUUUUACAGUUCUACUGGAUGAUGUUAAUAAAUGGUAUGUUUGUUGUAAUUUGAACUAUCGUGGGGUCGCAACUCGUGUCAUGUGUGAUUAUACGAGGCUUAUUGAGAACUCUGUUUCUUACUAUAGGCAGUUGGCUGCCUAGUGAUUGUAACUCUCUGAUGUGAAUAGUUGGCAACGAUGUUUAGUUUCCAAGUGCUACGGAAUAAGCUUAACUGAAAUGCACCAAUUGUUCAUGAUACACAUAAUUACUCUACUCUGAUCUAUCAAUCCAUUCCAAAUCUUUAUACUAUACAUGACACAGAGGCAGCAUAUGUUGAUCUUGCCUAGGGCGGCAGCAGAAGUGCUAAGACUGGGCCUGACGAACACAAUAAUUAGCCUCUAAUUUACUUGCGUUUGCGGACGACCGUGGCCUGCUCAAAGUGAGCCGCUGCUGUUGGGAAGUAAAAACUGUCCAACUCCUUGGAGCAGCUUGAUGCACAUCAACCUCAUUACUUUGUCCUAAAGAAGGCGCGAUCUUGAGCCCAUCUUUACUCUGUUUUUGGAGAAUGAAUCCCCUCUCGGCGGGCACACUGGAAACAGGGAUAAUUAACACUAUCUUUGUAAAGCUUGCCCAGUUGAAGGACACUUAGCUGAAGUCCUUUAUGAGGACCUCGUGUCUUUAACGUGAGUCAAAAUAGACACACCCUACACUGUCCCAGCAGCUUGAUGAUUUAUUAUAGAAACACACCCUACACUGUCCCAGCAGCUUGAUGAUUUAUUAUAGAAACACACCCUACACUAAUGUCCCAGCAGCUUGAUGAUUUAUUAUAGAAACACACCCUACACUAAUGUCCCAGCAGCUUGAUGAUUUAUUAUAGAAACACACCCUACACUGUCCCAGCAGCUUGAUGAUUUAUUAUAGAAACACACCCUACACUGUCCCAGCAGCUUGAUGAUUUAUUAUAGAAACACACCCUACACUAAUGUCCCAGCAGCUUGAGGAUUUAUUAUAGAAACACACCCUACACUGUCCCAGCAGCUUGAGGAUUUAUUAUAGAAACACACCCUACACUAUGUCCCAGCAGCUUGAUGAUUUAUUAUGUAAACACACCCUACACUGUCCCAGCAGCUUGAUGAUUUAUUAUAGAAACACACCCUACAACUGUCCCAGCAGCUUGAUGAUUUAUUAUGGAAACACACCCUACACUGUCCCAGCAGCUUGAUGAUUUAUUAUGGAAACACACCCUACACUGUCCCAGCAGCUUGAUGAUUUAUUAUGGAAACACACCCUACACUGUCCCAGCAGCUUGAUGAUUUAUUAUAGGAAACACACCCUACACUGUCCCAGCAGCUUGAUGAUUUAUUAUAGAAACACACCCUACACUGUCCCAGCAGCUUGAUGAUUUAUUAUAGAAACACACCCUACACUAUGUCCCAGCAGCUUGAUGAUUUAUUAUAGAAACACACCCUACACUAAUGUCCCAGCAGCUUGAUGAUUUAUUAUAGAAACACACCCUACACUAAUGUCCCAGCAGCUUGAUGAUUUAUUAUAGAAACACACCCUACACUAAUGUCCCAGCAGCUUGAUGAUUUAUUAUAGAAACACACCCUACACUAUGUCCCAGCAGCUUGAUGAUUUAUUAUGGAAACACACCCUACACUGUCCCAGCAGCUUGAUGAUUUAUUAUAGAAACACACCCUACACUGUCCCAGCAGCUUGAUGAUUUAUUAUGGAAAACACACCCUACACUGUCCCAGCAGCUUGAUGAUUUAUUAUAAGAAACACACCCCUACACGAAUGUCCCAAGCAGCUUGAUGAUUUAUUUAGAAACACACCCUACACAAUGUCCUAGCAGCUUGAUGCAUUAUUAUAGGAAAACACACCCUACCACUAUUCCCGCAGCUUGUGAUUUUAUUAUGGAAAACCACACCCUCACUACUGUCCCAGUCAGCUGAUUGAUUUAUUUAUAGAAAACACACCCUACACUGUCCCAGCAGCUUGAUGAUUUAUUAUAGAAAACACACCCUACACUGGUCCCAGCAAGCUUGAUGAUUUAUUAUAGGAAAACCACCCUACACUAAUGUCCCAGCAGCUUGAUGAUUUAUUAUAGAAACACACCCUACACUAAUGUCCCAGCAGCUGAUGGAUUUAUUAUAGAAACACACCCUACCCUAAUGUACCCAGCGUCUUGAUGAUUUAUUAUAGAAACACCCCCUACACUUCCCAGCAGCUGAGGAUUUUUAUAGAAACCAACCCACACUAAUGUCCCAGCAGCUGGAUGAUUUAUUAUAGAAACACACCCUACACUAAUGUCCCAGCAGCUUGAUGAUUUAUUAUAGGAACACACACCCUAACUAUGUCCCAGCAGCUUGAUGAUUUAUUAUGGAAACACACCAUCAUAAUGUACCAGCAGCUUGAUGAUUUAUAUAGAAAACACACCCUACACUGUCCCGCAGCUUGAUGAAUUUAUUGAUGCAACCACCUACAAUAAUUGUCCCAGCAGUGUGAGAUUUAUAUAGAACACACCACACUAAUGUCCCCAGCAAGCUUGAGGAUUAGUAUAGAAAAACACACCUACACUAAUGUACCAGCAGCUUGAUGAUUUAUUAUAGAAACAACACCCUACACUAUGUUCCCAGCAGCUUGAUGAUUUAUUAUAGAAAACACACCCUACACUGUCCCAGCAGCUUGAUGAUUUAUUAUAGAAACACCACCCUACACUAAUGUUCCCAGCAGCUUGAUGAUUAUUAUAGAAAACACACCCUACACUAAUGUCCUAGCAGCUUGAUGAUUUAUUAUAGAAACACACCCUACACUGUCCCAGCAGCUUGAGGAUUUAUUAUAGAAACACACCCUACACUAAUGUCCCAGCAGCUUGAUGAUUUAUUAUAGAAACACACCCUACACUGUCCCAGCAGCUUGAGGAUUUAUUAUAGAAAGACACCCUACACUGUCCCAGCAGCUUGAUGAUUUAUUAUAGAAACACACCCUACACUGUCCAGCAGCUUGAUGAUUUAUUAUAAAACAUACCCUACACUGUCCCAGCAGCUUGAGGAUUUAUUAUAGAAACACACCCUACACUGUCCCAGCAGCUUGAGGAUUUAUUAUAGAAACACACCCUACACUGUCCCAGCAGCUUGAUGAUUUAUUAUAGAAACACACCCUACACUGUCCAGCAGCUUGAUGAUUUAUUAUAAAACACACCCUACACUGUCCCAGCAGCUUGAUGAUUUAUUAUAGAAACACACCCUACACUGUCCCAGCAGCUUGAGGAUUUAUUAUAGAAACACACCCUACACUGUCCCAGCAGCUUGAUGAUUUAUUAUAGAAACACACCCUACACUGUCCCAGCAGCUUGAUGAUUUAUUAUAGAAACACACCCUACACUAAUGUCCCAGCAGCUUGAGGAUUUAUUAUCCUAUGAAGUAUAUUUGCCUUUUAAGUUGGAGCACACUGACUGGUAUUGCCAUCAAUGAAUAAAAAGCAUUAUUUGGCAAUGUAUAUAUUUUUUGUCCCAGACAAUUUGUCCAGCAACAAUUUCUUACUGAUCAGCUUUUCAUUUUUUUUUUUAUCAGCCAAAAGCACGCAUUUACCUGCCAACGGAAACCCUGGUACAGGGUAUGCACAGAGUAAUGUACUCAUGUUAUAUCUGUGUGUGUUCUAGUCCCCUGACAGUAGCUGGACAGACCUCUGGAUUAGAUGACUCGCCAGGAGCCCUCACCCGGAGUAAGGAGGUAUGUACCUCUCUCUCGUUCUCUGACACACCGUCUCUGUCUACACUCCUACUGUAGGCUUAGUAGGACAUUAAUCACUCUCUCUGGGAUAGGAUAGAAUAGGAGCCGGCGGCAAUGAGUAUCAGUUCAGUGGGGGGAAUAAUCCUUUUUUGGGGGGAGGAAUCCUGUAACAACUAUGAUGUCAUGCACAGUAAUCCUGGAUUAUACCCUGUGAUGAGUGGAGAUUUUAAUCCAUUAGAUUACAGUUAGAGCAGCAGUGAUAAAGGCUAUUGUAUGUUAGCAUGAGCUGUUGGCUCUAUUUCAGAAUAAUGAAUAGCAUAAGGCAUAGAAGAUCAACCCAGAUUAUACUGCUAAUUAGUGUCUUCAGAAAGUACUCACACCCCUUGGCUUUUUCCACAUUUUGUUGUGUUACAUCCUGAAUUUAAAAUUGAUUAAAUUGAGAUGUUUUUGUCACUGGCUUACAUAGAAUACCCGAUAAUGUCAAAGUGGAAUUAUGUUUUUCAACGUUUUUAUAAAUUAAUAAAACAUGAAAAGCGGAAAUGUCUUGCGUCAAUAAGUAUUCAAUCCCUUUGUUAUGGCAAGUUCAGGAGUAAACAUUUGCUUAACAAGUCACAUAAUAAGUUGCAUGGACUCACUAUGUGUGCAAUAAUAGUGUUUAACAUUAUUUUUGAAUGACUACCUCAUCUCUGUACCCCACACAUACAAUUAUCUGUAAGGUCCUUCAGUCGAGCAGUGAAUUUCAAACACAGAUUCAACCACAAAGACCAGGGAGGUUUUCCAAUGCCUCGUAAAGAAGGGCACCUAUUGGUAGAUGGGUAAAAAAAAAAAAAGCAGACAUUGAAUAUCCCUUUGAGCAUUGUGAAGUUAUUAAUUACACAUGGGAUGGUGUAUCAGUACACCCAGUAAUUACAAAGAUACAGGCAUCCUUCCUAACUCAGUUGCCGGAGAGGAAGGAAACCGCUCCUGGAUUUCACCAUGAGGCCAACGGUGACUUUAAAACAGUUGCAGAGUUUAAUCGUGAAAAGAAGGAAGCCUGUACAGAAUACAAAUAUUCCAAAACAUGCAUAUUCCAAAACAUGCACCUAUUUGCAACAAAGCACUAAAGUAAUACCGCAAAUUAACUUUUUGUCCUGAAUACAAAGUGUAAUGUUUGGGGCAAAUCCAAUGCAACACAUUAGAGUAACACUCUCCAUAUUUUCAAGCAUAUUGGUGGCUGCAUCAUUAUAUGGGUAUGCUUGUAAUCAUUAAGGUCUGGGGAGUUUUUCAGGAUAAAAAGGAAACUGAGCUAAGCACAGGCAAAAUCGUAGAGGAAAACCUGGUUCAGUCUGCUUUCCACCAGACACUUGGAGAUGAAUUCACCUUUCAGCAGGACAAUAACCUAAAACACAAGGCCAAAUCUUGCUGCCCGAGUUAGUGUUGACUUAAAUCUACUUGAUAAUCUAUGGCAAGACUCCAAAAUGGUUGUCUAGCAAUGAUAAACAAACAAUUUGACAGAGCUUGAAGAAUUUUUAAAAGAAUAAUGGACAAAUGUUGCACAAUCCAGGUGUGGAAAGUUCUUAAGAGACUUACCCAGAAAGACUCACAGCUGUAAUUGCCGCCAAAGGUGCUUCUACAAAGUAUUGACUCAGGGGUGUGAAUACUUAUGUAAAUGUAAUAUUUCUGCAUUUCUAUUUCAAUAUGCUGAAAUGUCUAAAAACAUGUUUUCACUUUGUCAUUAUGUGGUAUUGUGUGUAGAUUGAUGAGGAAAAAUAUUUAAUCCAUUUUGAAUUCAGGCUGUAACACAACAAUGUGGAAUAAGUCAAGGGGUAUGAAUACUUUCUGAAGACACUAUGUUAAACCCAUACAGUGCCUUCGGAAAGUAUUCAGACCCCUUGACUUUUUACAGCCUUAUUCUAAGAUUGAUUAAAUAAAACAAUUUACAUUUACGUCAUUUAGCAGACGUUCUUAUCCAGAGCGACUUACAGUUAGUGCAUACAUUAUUCUUUUUUAUUUUCAUACUGGCCCCCAUGGGAAUCGAACCCACAACCCUGGCGUUGCAAACACCAUGCUCUACCAACUGAGCUACCUCCCUGCCGGCCAUUCCCUCCCCUACCUUGGACGACGCUGGGCCAAUUGUGCGCCGCCCCAUUGGUCUCCCGGUUGCGGCCGGCUACAGCAGAGCCUGGAUUCGAACCAGGAUCUCUAGUGGCACAGCUAGCACUGCGAUGCAGUGCCUUAGACCACUGUGCCACUCGGAAGCAAUCUACAAACAAUACCCAUAAUGACAAAGUGAAAACAGGUUUUUAGAAAUUUUUGCAAAUGUAUUAAAAACAAAAAACAGAUACCUUAUUUACAUAAGUAUUCAGACCCUUUGCUAUGAGACUCGAAAUUGAGCUCCGGUGCAUCCUGUUUCCAUUGAUCAUCCUUGAGAUGUUUCUACAACUUGAUUGGAGUCCACCUGUGGUAAAUUCAAUUGAUUGGACAUGAUUUUGAAAUGCACACACCUGUCUAUAUAAGGUCCCACAGUGGACAGGGCAUGUCAGAGCAAAAACCAAGCCAUGAGGUCGAAAGAAUUGUCCGUAGAGCUCCGAGACUGGAUUGUGUCGAGGCACAGAUCUGGGGAAGGGUACCAAAACAUUUCUGCAGCAUUGAAGGUCCCCAAGAACACAGUGGCCUCCAUCAUUCUUAAAUGGAAGAAGUUUGGAACCACCUGAGCAAUCGGGGGAGAAGGGCCUUGGUCAGGGAGGUAACCAAGAACCAGAUGGUCACUCUGACAGAGCUCCAGAGUUCCUCUGUGGAGAUGGGAGAACCUUCCAGAAGGACAACCAUCUCUGCAGCACUCCACCAAUUAGGCUUUUAUGGUAGAGUGGCCAGACGGAAGCCACUCCUCAGUAAAAGGCACAUGACAGCCCGCUUGGAGUUUGCCAAAAGGCACCUUAAGACUCUCUGACCAUGAGAAACAAGAUUCUCUGGUCUGAUGAAACCCAGAUUGCACUCUUUGGCCUGAAUGCCAAGCAUCACGUCUGGAGGAAACCUGGCACCUCCCUACGGUGAAGCAUGGUGGUGGGCGCAUCAUGCUGCAGGGAUGUUUUUCAGCGGCAGGGACUGGGAGACUAGUCAGGAUCAAGGCAAAGAUGAACAGAGAGAUCCUUGAUGAAAACCUGCUCCAGAACGCUCAGGACCUCAGACUGGGGCGAAGGUUCAUCUUCCAAAAGGACAACGACCCUAAGCACACAGCCAAGACAGCGCAGGAGUGGCUUCGGGACAAGUCUCUGAAUGUCCUUGAGUGGCCCAGCCAGAACCCAGACUUGAACCCGAUCGAACAUCUCUGGAGCGAAUACUUUCCAAAGGCACUGUAUAUGGGUGCGGGCAGGUCUGUGUGUGUGAGAGACUGAGAACUUCUAAGAAGUGUUCUUCUCAAGUCUGCUUCUCAAGUCUGCUCAAGCUACUUUUUAAUUCUCGUCUCUGAUGUUCAUUUUGUGUGUGUUGCAGGGGGACAAGCCCAAACCCCUGUUUGUAGCUGUGAACACCCUGGAAGAUACUCAGGCAGUGCGCGCUGUAGCCUUCCAUCCCACGGGGGCGCUAUACGCUGUGGGCUCCAACUCUAAGACGCUACGCGUGUGUGCCUACCCAGACGCACCACUGGACACCAGGUAACACACACACACACGCAUGCACUGCCAAAUAAUUCCUGAAAUUGUGUAUCUACUGUUCAACUACUUUGUGAGGUAUUGUGCUGUUAAGAGACUAAGUUUAGCCCUCUCCUCCCCUCCCUCAGUGGGAUGUCAGGUAUGACCAAGCAGCCGGAGGUUUGUUUUAAGAGGAAUAAGCACCAUAAGGGUUCUAUCUACUGUGUGGCCUGGAGUCACUGUGGACAGCUGCUAGCCACCGGCUCCAACGACAAAUAUGUCAAAGUCCUGCCCUUCAGCGCAGAGACCUGCAACGCCACAGGUAAACUCACUACAAGGGUUGGGAAGCUCUUCCAUUUUAAAUCCACUCUAUACAUGGAUUGGGAUCAAUUCUAUUUAAAUCCUUUUUAAAUCCCAUUUAAUUGAUCUCCUGAAAUGAUUGAAUUGGAUUUUACUCAAUACUUGAAGUUCUUAUUUUCUCAUCGAUACUCUCUUUUUGUUUGAGUUUUACUCUCCCUCUCUCUGUUUCUCUCCCUCUCUCAGGUCCAGAUCUGGAGUUCAGUAUGCACGACGGUACCAUCAGAGACCUGGCGUUCAUGGAGGGUCCAGAGAGUGGAGGGGCCAUUCUGAUCAGUGCCGGGGCCGGAGACUGUAACAUCUACACCACUGACUGUCAGAGAGGACAGGGCCUACAUGCUCUCAGUGGACACACGGGUACACACACACACACACAUUUUCUGCGCAGUACUCAUUCACACACACUCAUGUACUACUUACUUAAUCAUCUUCGUUCCUAUAUGGAAAAUAAAGGCCUCCACAAGAGAGCGAUGUGAGACUGAUGAUCAGUGCGUUUAUCCCCAGGUCAUAUCCUGUCUCUGUAUACGUGGGGAGGGUGGAUGAUAGCAUCAGGCUCUCAGGACAAGACUGUGAGGUUCUGGGACCUGAGAGUACCGAGCUGUGUUAGAGUGGUGGGCACUGCCUUCCAUGGAUCAGGUGAGUACUGCUACCACAGACACAUGUUUCUCUCCUCCUCCUCCUCUUCUUCCUCCUCUCUCCUCCUCCUCUCUCCUCCAUCUUCUUCCCUCUCGUCCUCAGGCAGUCCUGUUGCCUCGGUAGCGGUGGACCCUAGCGGUCGUCUCCUAGCGACGGGCCAGGAGGACAGCGGCUGUAUGCUUUAUGACAUCAGAGGGGGACGUAUGGUGCAGACGUACCGGCCCCACUCCAGCGAUGUGCGCUCCGUUAGGUUCUCACCCGGCGCACACUACCUUCUCACUGGUUCCUACGACACCAAGGUCAUGAUCAGCAACCUGCAAGGUAAGGAAGACUUCUAGUCAGUGGCUGCGUCUGAAAUGGACCCCUAUUUUCUAUAUACAGUGCAUUUGGAAAGUAUUCAGACCCCUUGACUUUUUCCACAUUUUGUUACGUUACAUCCUUAAUCUAAAAUGGAUAAAUCGGUUUUUUUCGUCAUCAAGCUACACAAAAUACCCCACAAUGACAAAGUGAAAACAAGGGUUCUGAAUACUUUCCGAAUGCACUGGAUUUAGGCUCUUUGUACACACAAUAUAUUAAAAUGUGUUUUUGUCUGUGUAGGUGACUUGACGAAGCCGUUGCCCCUGACUCUGGUAGGGGAGCACGGUGACAAGGUAAUCCAGUGCAGAUGGCACACACGCGACCUGUCCUUCCUCUCCUCCUCCGCUGACCGUACCGUCACACUCUGGACACACAACCCCUAA